GGUGGCUCGAUCCUGAUUUGGCCGAAUUGGAACGUUCGCUGUUCGCUUCCACCUGGUUGAGACAUGCGUCAUGCAACCCUGCCCUGACGACUGUCACUCCACCAAUGGGGCGACGCGAAGACAGCAUGCCUUGAUAAAGGCCUCUUCCUUCCAAAAAGAGAAACGAAGCAUCAUUUUUCUUGACUCUUCCCAUCACAGGCUGUUGACACCUUGGAUACGGAUCAUGCCGGUUGAGGUCGUUCGGAUGAAAGCUAUUGCCUUCCCAUCAGCCAAAGGCUUGUGGCUGGGCUACUCCAAGCUGACACCAGUAUCUUUUAUGCAUAGAUGAGAGUUGCUUCCUGUUCCGAUUUUCUUUCCAGUUCUCACUCGUGUGGAUAGAAGCAGAAGUUCGGCAAGGUAGCAACCAUAAAAACAAACAAUACUGAAAGAACACACACACUAGACUACGAAUAAUCAAAAGACAACACUAAAAUACAGACAACCAUGAUGGAGUGCUUAACAAUAGAAGCAAAAACUCACUACAAUUGCUUUACGGGGAAUGAUCAGGAUACCCUCGAGCUCACCAAACAGCUCCAAGAAGAUACCCAUCAACAAAAUGCGGAAUGGCUUCACCUGAUGAUUGACAACAACCGAAGACAACCACAACAAGAACCCUUGCUGAUAUCACUCUUGGAGACUGUCGCAGCUUUACCCCAUCUGAAGGAGAUUACCAUUUCGGGGGGUCCUCACAACCGUCGCUUUCCCGUAGCUGCGCUUACCGUCCUACUGCGCAAGGCUGUCCAAUUGGAAUCACUGCAGUUGCAUGACAUUGGUCUGGGACAGCAGAGCCCUUACGAAAUGGCAGAACUACUCAAGGCGCAUCCUACCCUCCACAAGGUGUCCUUGAUGCGAUGCACUUGCCGUCCAGUCCAUGUUCUGAUCCAAGCAUUGUCACGCAUGCCCCAUUUGAAACAGGUACAACUAGACGGAACCAUGAUGAGUCAACAACAUGAAGGAGAAGCUAUUCAUGCCUUGAUGGCUGUCUGCCAAUCAGUAUCCUUGGAACGCUUGGAAUUGGGAGACUUGGGAGAAGUGGGAAUGAUACCCCAAUUGGUCGCCAUGAUGAAUGCAAUUGGCGAAGACUCCAAUCUAAAGGAACUGUCGUUGCAGCUGGCGGUCUACGAAACCUUGCCCGUGGUGGUCGUCAGUGCCAUGGCACGCAUGCUCACACAGAAUCAUACUUUGCAACGAUUGACGGUUCCCUGGAUGGGCGGAGGCGAAAUUUGGUUGCCACUGAUUGGCGCUCUAACCAGCAAUCGUGGCCUCCAAGAGCUGCGCUUGCACGGUGGUAGCAGCACUGGGUUGUUGUCCAAUCACUUUUUGCAAAAGACUGCCACCGUCUUGAAAGACAACACGCACCUCACACACCUCUGGUAUGAUACAUGGGUCGACAAGGACUUGGAAAUUGACUUGUAUCUCCUCGCCAACAAAUUUGGAAGGGGGCAUCUGAUGAGCUUUGACAAUGACAAACAAAACGACAAUGCCACACAUGAGGAGUGGGUGCAAGCCUUGGUGGCGUCCAAGGAUCAUGUACAUGUCACCAAUUAUUGGUUGGCACACAAUCCUUCGCUCUUGAUAGCAAUGCUAUAGCUAUCAUGAUGCUACCGGUACUGCUACGAUGGCUGAUGGCUGACAACAGCAGUAGGCAACAGAUGCUUGCUCUGUUGAGGCUGCAAAAGAACGAGUGCAAGGAACGGCCGUGUGGCCAUGGAUUGCAUUUUGCAUUUUGCAUGUUUACUUGAUGUACAAAAACCAAGCUUCUAAAUAUUUUAUGCGUUGAUUGAACUGAAACCUAGAGUCCAUAGCAGAACAUACAUGAUCGACUGAACUAGCUAGCCAGGUUGGGGU